ACGAGUCAAUGUUCCUCUAUGUUGCUUCCUUCCCUUUUCGCAUUCUCAGCCUCGGAGAUGAGAGCAGGGGGCAAGUCAAUGUCUCUCUUUCUCCCUCCCUUCACUUUUCGCUUUCUCGGCCUCGUCCCCAUCUAUUACCCUGCUGCCCUAUGAUGCUCAUCUGUACAAUCCUCUAUUGGGAGGGAGAGCAGACGAGAGAACAGCACGGAGGGAACAGAGAGAAGUUGGUAUGGGGAAUUGCUUGGGAUUCUACCCGGGGUCUCAGAGUCCCUCUGAUACCAGGCCGUCGAGUUCAGCGCACUCGACAUCAAAGGCUAGUGGUAGCACCGUCACCGAGAAGCUUUCGACCCUCAGCGGCAGCAACUUUAGUCAGUCUAUUGUCAGUGGCGCAAGCACAGAUGAGGGGUUUCUGGAUGGCCAGAUUCUGGAGGUGCCAAAUCUUCGAGUCUUUACGUUUUCUGAGCUAAAGAUUGCCACGAGAAAUUUCAAGCCUGAUACAGUACUUGGGGAAGGUGGAUUUGGGAGAGUGUACAAGGGAUGGGUGGAGGAGAAGACUCUGAAUCCGGCAAAGAGUGGAAUUGGAAUGGUGGUUGCUGUGAAGAAACUGAACCCUGAGAGCAUGCAAGGGUUAGAGCAAUGGCAGUCUGAAGUGAAUUUCCUAGGACGGCUUUCCCAUCCAAACCUUGUCAAGCUCUUGGGCUACUGUCUGGAGGACGAGGAGCUUCUCCUUGUAUACGAGUACAUGGCAAGGGGCAGCUUGGAGAACCACCUCUUCAGAAAAGGGUCAGCUUUUGAGCCACUUUCUUGGAGCCUAAGGCUGAAGAUAGCAAUAGGUGCAGCUCGAGGCCUUGCAUUCUUGCAUACAUCAGAGAAGCAAGUCAUCUACCGGGACUUCAAGGCUUCUAACAUCCUCCUUGACUCGAACUAUAAUGCAAAACUCUCGGACUUUGGUCUAGCGAAGCAUGGACCGAGUGGCGGAGACUCACAUGUCACUACACGAGUCAUGGGCACCUAUGGAUAUGCAGCUCCAGAAUAUGUCGCUACUGGUCAUUUAUAUGUGAAGAGUGAUGUGUAUGGAUUCGGAGUUAUGUUACUGGAAAUGCUUUCUGGUCAGCGGGCUCUCGACACAAAUCGUCCAAGCGGGCAACACAACUUGAUAGAUUUUGCUAGACCAAUGUUAGCCGAUAGGAGAAAGUUGGCCCGACUAAUAGACAAUCGGCUCGAGGGGCAAUACUCCUCGAAAGGGGCUUAUCAAGUUGCGCAGCUGACUCUAAAAUGUCUUGCCGGUGAUCCUAGGAGCCGUCCAUCAAUGAAAGAAGUGGUGCAGACACUAGAGAAGAUUGAAGCCUUGAAAAGCAGGUCGAGAGAGGCUAAAAAUGUCUCCCAUUAGGCCAUUCCUUCCUGUCUUGGCUAGAGCUCCUCACAACACACCGACUGACUGCUUCAUCCAAGGCAUGGAAUUUCUUAACAAACUCCUAAAGAAAGAUGGUGAUAGCAAGCUUCAGUCGAGUGAGUUUUGCUUGUAAAAAUCACUCCCCAUUUUUGUAUGUUCUAGUUUGCUUGUCAUUUUUGGCAAUGAAUUGUUUGAGAUAAUGACUCUAAUAUGAUAAUGAGCUGAAAGUUCCAGUUUGAG